GUUUACGGAAGUAGAUAUGUUAAGAAUUUCCCAUAUUUGUUUUUUAUCUGUUACGUUGUUUAAAAUCUUCUCAAGAACGAAAUGAAAUAUUAAUGUGUUGUUAUUUAUAUUGAUUAUUGCUUUAUGUUAUGGAUAUAUUUAUUGAAUUAUCAUAAUGUAAAUUUUACAUAAUUUCACACCAACACAUCAUGGGAUGGCAGAUAUAGAACAGACACACUUCCUUAGGGCUUUUUUAUUACUAGUAGAAGGUGGUACAUUUAUUGCAAAGGCAAUAUUAAUUCGAGAACAAAACAAAUCUGGACGGGAUUUAGAAUCACUGCUAAGCGACUUCAGUACAAAACUGAGGCAUGAGUUUCACGGAAAACAGUACCAAAAACUAUUCCCAGAUAACGGUGUACCGGAUAUAAACACUUGGGACUUACAACUGUUGAUUGGGGUAAUAUCCAUUAUCUUUCGGGGAACGAUUUCAAAAACUGAAAAAAGGGAUUUAUUUGUCUUAAAACAACUGCGAAAUGAGGUGUUUAUGCACUGUGCAAAUGUUUCAUUGGAUGAAGACGAGUAUGAAGACGUUAUCGAGCAGCUUGAAGAUGUUUUGAAUGAAUUGGCCUCUACUUUCGAUAAUUACACAAAGGAUGUCUGUUUUACGCAUAUAAAGAAGUUUAAAUGUGGGUCAUUAGAUGCCGUUAGGCCAUCAAUUGCCACUAUAAAUGGGUUGAGCCAAACAGGACAGCAAACAUUCAAAGUUGGAGUGAGAACAGUGUUAGCAGUAGAUGGUCCGUCUGACGAUUGGAAAGAUAUUGGCGAGAAAAUCCUUGUAACUGUUCUAAAUAAUGUUAUUACGGGUAGUGAAGACGAAGACUUCCCGAAUGUUAAGAACAAAGUUAUCAAGUUGCUCGAAUUCUUAUCAGCAAACGCGGACAUAGUCUUGAAAGGGUGUAUGCAAGCAUGCAUCUUGCUUGAAUUUGAAUGUGGUUCCUAUGAAGAUAUGCUACAUUUACUGAACCUAUUCGAGAGCUGGAAGUAUAGAUAUUAUCUAAACAAGAUUGCAAAUUCCCUAACGAAAGAACUUGAGCUCAAUUGCUUAUUAACACUUUCAACCAGAGUUGCCACUGAAAGUUUGCAGACUAUUUUGAUCCAUUACAUAA